AUGGCGGAUUUCGUGGGGAAACAGUUCGACAAGGUGGAGGUUGGGAAAAAAGUGCUCGAGCAGUACGAUGACGCGCAGCAGCGGGCGUUUUACACCGUCGUCAUGGGAGGCGGGGGGGACGACAUACACUUUGGGAUUUAUCGCGCGCCGGGAGAUGGGGUGCGGGAGAGCAGCGCGGCGACGACGGAGUGGAUGAUGACGCAGUUGGACAUGGCGCGGCCGAUCGGCGCGGGCGACCGCGUGCUCGACGUUGGAAGUGGACACGGUGGUGGAUCGCACGCGCUGGCGAAGCGAUUUGGAUGCAAGGUGCUUGGAUAUAACAUCGGGCCGCAGCAGAACGCGCAGAAUUUGGCCAAGGCGAAGGAGCUCGGGUUGGGCGAUUUGGUUGACGCCGUCGUCGGCGAUAUCAACCAACCGUUCCCGGCGGAUUGGACCGACUCGUUCGACUCCGUGUGGUCGUGCGAGGUUUUGUGCCACGCCGGGGACAAGACGGAGCUAUUCAAGGAGAUUUAUCGCGUGAUGAAGCCGGGAGCCGCGUUCGUGUUCUCAGACAUCAUGGGCGCCGACGGCGCCGACGAAAAGACGCUCAAGGGAUUCACCGAUCGCAACGCCACCACCGUCAUGGGGCGACCAUCCGGAUACAUGCAGUGCAUCAAGGACGCGGGUCUGGAUUACGUCACGUGGUGGGACGGGAGUAACCAUCUCGAGACGUACUUCCGGGACAUGAUAAAUCAAAUCCACACGCACCGCGAGGAGAUGCUCUCCAAGGGCAUCACUGAGCAGUACUUGAACAACUGGCUCGAAUCUCUCACCGAGCGCGCGGAUACGCAGCGCGACAAGGGCGUGUUCGCGUGGGGCGUGUUCGUCUGCCGCAAGCCGCUGGCGUGA